CUAAUAUCUCUCCUCAUACUCAUCAUCAUCAUAAUACUGAUUGCGACCAUCUACAUACUCACUAUACCUAUCGUUCAUCUCGUCCGGGAGAUAGUGAUAAUCUGGGGCAGCGACAGUAUCGGUCUCAACGCUACUUCUCGAGCGUAAAAGUAAGUAAAGAAUAUGGGCCUGGAUGAAACAAUCACCCGAGCCACUUGUUUAGCUGACAUGAAAUCUCACAGAGAAAGAUGCUGAGAUUGCUAUGCUGAAAGAACGACUCAAACCAUAACCGGAAACGCGGCGCAGUGGUCAGCUCGAAUCGUUUCUGCGAGAUUUUAGCCCAACCUAGCUCUACCGGAGACGAGCCAGUCGACAUAGAGCGCAUGUUCCAGCACCCAAACGAACACUUCAAACGAGCCCUCGUGCACAAGAGUAGGUUCAACGCAGCCACUCAAGGCCAAGUCCAAUCGUUGCUGCGACAUGAACGGUUACACCGCUGGGUAACCCACCAUCACCCCGACCUGAUUCUCGUCGACGCGAACAUCAAUUCGUCCGGGCUGUCAAAGGUGUCCGCCAUAUCAGUCUUUUGCGCCACUUUGGUCUCUAGCAUGAUCGAAGUCCAUCCUGAUGAGGUGGUGGUCCAAUUUUUCUGUGGAUUACACACCGCUCCCCUGGAUCCCUGGCACGGGCCGAACGGUCUAGUCCGUUCGAUCAUCAUGCAACUCUUGAUGAAACUAGUCAAGAUGAAUAUCCUAGAUUUGAAGUUCAUCAACAAUCGGGACUACCUGAGUGACCUCGAGGAGCACGACUUGAACAAACUCUGCAAAACACUCUACUCGCUCGUGUCUCAAUUCCCAGCAGACACGAGAGUGUACUGCAUCAUCGACUCCAUUUCUUGGUUCGACAAAAACAAGACUUUUGCAGAGCUGGCCACUGUAAUGAAUUGGCUGAAAUACAUGGUUGAGGACCGGUCACUGAUUCCUAUAUUCAAGAUAAUGCUAACAAACCCGAUGAAAAGCAACAGGAGAAUGAAGGAGCUGCCGGUGUUCAAAGAGAAUCCGUCUAGACUUGUCACUCUGUCUUCGAGGAACCUGAUACCCAUGGGAAUAUCUAACAGAGCGAUCGAGCGUCAACUUUCCAGAUCUCCGUCUCCGUUACCGCUCACACCCAAGAAGGUGGUAUCUAGAACUGCAAGAUCAGAAAGUUAUGACGAUGAUUAUGAUGAAUGGUAGCAACCUAGGUGAUGAUGGCGGCCCAAAUA